UGUUAUUUUACUGCCAUGCCCCUUCUGGGACCGUCAAAGAAAACAAAUCAUUGUCAUUGUCAUUCAUCGUCAGCGCGCACGCACCCGACAUGCCCGAUUGCCAUUUUGCAUUUUCAUUUAAGAUUGAAGGACACCAUAAUAGUACUUUUUUCUUUCCGAAAGGAACUCUAAAGAAAAUGGGAUUGUUCAUUGCUAUUUCCGCUAUUGGAGGAAUUUUUGCAUUGUAUACAUCAUGGCUAUAUGUCUUGUCCAUCAACCUGCCAUCCCAUUCAAUUGAUUCCAGGGAGCUGAAUUUUCCAAGUAAUCUUGAGCAGCUGAAAAGUGUGGUAGAUAUCCUUCAGGAGUAUAAGACUGAUAACAUAGGAUACAUCCUUCUGCUGUUUAGUAGUGCAUACAUUUACAAGCAAACUUUUGCCAUUCCCGGAUCAGUCUUCAUGAAUCUUCUAGGAGGAGCUUUGUUUGGACCAUGGUUAGCAUUCCCUAUGUGUUGUGUUUUAUCAGCGUUUGGUGCAACCCUGUGUUAUUUGCUCUCACAUUUCUUUGGUAGAGCUCUAAUCUUGAAGUAUGCUGCCGAAAGGGUCAAACCUCUCCAGAAAAUGGUUCAAGAUAAUCUAGAGAGCCUAUUCUUCUUUCUCCUCUUCCUGCGGUUAUUUCCGAUGUCACCAAACUGGUUUUUAAACAUGGCCUCACCAAUCCUAGAUGUGCCUCUCAUUCAGUUUUUCUUUUCAGUUUUUAUAGGUCUGAUGCCUUAUAACUUCAUAUGUGUGCAGACAGGUUCUCUGCUGUCUGAAAUCACAUCUGUUCGAGAUGUCUUAACCACUACAACAAUGCUCAAAUUGGCAGCAAUGGCUGUUGUCGCUCUAGUGCCUGGUAUACUGUUCAGGAAACAGAAGAAGAGGAUGGAAAAAAGACCUAAGUCAGAGAAGGGAGUUCUUUAAGACUUACAAAUGGUGUUUUGUCAUAUAAUAUUAAGAAGUAUGCAAUUUUCUUAUCUUUUUUAAUGUGUUGCACUGUAGUGUUUGCACAAUCGAAAGUGGUAAACAACAAACUUAUUGUUUCUGCAUUCCAUAUUAUUACUCAUCCCAAGAAUGUGUAUAUGUAUUACAUAUACCAACCUGUUAAUGACAAUGAAUCAUAUUUAGCAUUCUGUGAUCACUUUUUAUUAAUCAAAUCAGCAAUAUUUAUGUUUUUCUUUAUUUUGGAAUUCUAUAUAUUCUAAAUAAUAAAGAGAUUAAUAUUAAUUGUAUAUAACAAGUUAAUGUUUUUGCUCAAAUUUUGCAUGUGAAAACAACAAUUUCUUAGUUGAAAUCCUGUUGCCAAAUUAUUGAUUUAAGUGCUUAUUUUCAUUCAAAGUUACACUGUUAUUAAAUGAAAUAUAUUGAUGAAUUGCAAUGGGCCUCUAGUGAUUAGUGGGGAGUAAACAUAAUUGAACAAACCACAAAAUGUGGUUAAUAUUGAAUGGGAUGAAAAGAAAUGUGGGAGGGGGGGGGGGAGUUCUAGUUAUAUCGUUAUUAAAGUGCAAUGUUAUAUCCUCAAAAUUAUAUAUUUGGUUUGCAAUAUUAAGCUCCAAAUUGCAGAGAUUUUAGACUCAGAUUUUUAAUGUUCAGUAUAUACCCUCCUAUACAACAUAAUGUUGUUGAUAAAGGGCUCUAUAUUCAAUCAACAUAUUUUAAGGUGUUUUUUAUUUAUUUCAAGAAUUUUGUGUCAGCUUUUGAAAAUUAUGGUACACUAUAACCCUAAACCCUGUCACUAAACAAACUUCAUUUUCAAGCAUUUAAGUGUGAAUGAAGAGAUAAUCCUACACUGCUCUUAAAUUAAGAAUUAUAUUGCCAUCUGCCAUUUCAAUUUAUUAUAGAAAUCAAUCAUAAUCUGAUGAUUUUGUUAGAAAGUGUAUUUAUUUUUGAUAUAUUUGAAUUAAACUAUUUGUAACAUAUAUGUUUAUUAUAAAAAGAGCUUUGUACUUUUAAGUUUGUUUUUAAGUAUAAUAUGUAAUGGAUUUUGGAUAGCACUCCAAGGUAAUUCAUUCCAUUGACUAUAUCUAUGCAAUAUAUUUAUUCCACACUGAUGGUUGUUAGAAUUUGAUGAAUUUAUCAUGUUUUAGAUUAAGAUUAUGACAAAAUAAGAGGAGGAGGCAAGAAUAUAGGAAAAGUAGAAAGGUUGGGAGCAAUCACAGUCAGUCUUUCCUGAUUGAACAGAGAAAUGUAUACUUUUACAUAUAUUCACAGCCACUCAAUCAGGAAGAUACAUUUAUGAUGAGGAGUCCUAUACAAUCAGAACAUGUCAGGUGUUUUGCCAGUGGCUAGAUUGAAAGCAAAGUACACCUACCUUACGAAACAAAGUAAUGUACGUAUGUAAAGAAAAUGAAUAGUAUCAAAGUGCAAGGAGGGACUUAUACCUUUAUAUUAAAAAAAAUGUUUUUUUUUCUACCUCAUGAACUGAAAAUAUGUAGUCUUUCUUUAGGAAUGUCUCAAAACCUGGGAUAUAUAUUUUAUAACUUGUUAUCAUUAUAAUAUUUUGUCAAGAGAUGCUCCUUUUUGAUAUCAUGUAUUCAAUCAUGACAUUGGCAAGUGUUACAAGACAUCAUGUUCACACUACCCUUCCAACACAUAUAACAGAAUAAGAGGAAAACUGCAACCCAAAUUGAAAUAACCCACUUUUCUAUCAUUUGCAAAUAGUUAGUGUAUUUGAGUCUUUCCAUAGUGUUUGUCUCUAUCAGAAACAAGGUAUACAUAGUAUUGACCAAAUUGAAUAUGUGAAAAAUACAUGUAAGUGCAGUCAUGCUAAUAAAAUCAACAUCAAUAUUUGUUCUUAUUUAAGAUGCUCUUGUAUGUAUAUAUGCACCCAGUCAUGAUUUUAGAAUUCUCUUAUUUUAUUUUGUGUUUCAAGUAAGAUAUAAACGUGGCCAACGAUAUGGCUAGUUUUAUUUUCGAAUGUUUAACAAGUACAUGUAUGUGGAAUGGCUAGUUAUAAACUUUGAGCAGUACUACUUAUUACUCAAAUCUGCCUUUGUAACUAAUUGUCUACUACCAUUCAGAUAUGAACAGGUAUGAAUGAUGUAAAUAACAAAUAUGAAAAUUCCUGUCUAGUGAUAAGCAUCCACUUCUUCUCUUGUGGAUGACUUUUCCCCCUUGCUAUUCAUGCGCUUUAUAUUCUUGUGUGAUUGUAAAGCUAUUCACAACCUAGAAUUAAUUUUAAGAGCAGGCUUUCUUCCACUCUUCAAAAUUUUCUUGAGCCAAGUGAUGAGUCACACACAUUUUCUCAGUGCUGCCUAGGUUGGGAGAUGCUGUAAUCAUUUUAAUCAUUACAACAUAGAUUUUCUGGCCCUUAUUCUGAACUCUGGUAUAAAUUAAAACCUGGUUUGAAGUUUUAGUUUAACUAUGGAGAGCCAAAUGCGGCACAAAUCUCUAUUACAUGUUCGAUUUAUUAACUCUUAUGACCCUCAAAUCAUUUAUAACUGUCUCAGAAUGAUAACUGAAAUAUUUUCUUCAUUAUGAAAGCAAAAUUAAACAAAAUAGUAAAUUUCAGAAAUAUACAAAUUAAGCAGAACUUUUGAGUUUUUGGCUCCCCAUAAUUUAAGCACCAAGUUAGACCACAGUCGAAGUUAAACCUAACUUCAGAAUACAGCUCUGUGUGUUUUAUGUUAUUGUUUAACAUAUAUGCAGAGGACUUUAAGUUAUUCAAGUGGUAAAUUGGCUCAAUGUAAUAUCAUGUAAUUUUGCAGUACAUGUAAUUAAGUAUUAUCAAAAUUUACAGGUCUGUAUCGAGUUCUAUUUUAAGGCCUCUUGGAUUUCUAUGCAGCUUCUGCAUGGAAUAUACAUUCUCUGUAUUAUUUGUGUGCAGAGGCUAAGGAGAACCCAGGGUUGCUGCACAAUCUCUUUUAUACAAUCUUAGCACAGCCUCUGUAUGACCAGGCCCCGUCUUACAAAGAGUUACGAUUGAUCCAAUCAAUCGUAAUUCUAUGGAAAUCCAUCAGUGUCAUAAUUUUUUCUACAGAAAAUUUGUACGAUGUCCUUUGUAAACAAAGAGAAGCAGUGAAUUUUCAAUAAAACAAAGAAUGCAUGAAUAUACAUCAUAGUUAAAAAUAUUUUGAACAAACAUGUAUAAUAGAUGUUGACGUUGCUGGCCGUCCAUAGUUGUGGUUGAUCAGAUCAAUCGUAACUCUAUGGAAAACCAUCAGUGUCAUUUACAGGAAAUUUGCAAAAUGUCCUUUGUAAAAAAAGGAGAACACACCAAAUUGUCAAGAAACCAAUGAAUUUAUGGAUAUACAUUCAUAUCUAGAAUUUUUUUUGAACAAACGUGCAUUUAAUAUGUUGACUUUGCUGGCUUUCCAUAGUUGCGAUUGAUCGGAUCAAUCGCAACUCUUUGUAAGACGGGCCCUUGUUUUCCUUGGGUCCAUGCAAGAUCUCAUAUGAUGCAGAUAACUUGAACAUAAAUGUAGACCAAAGGCAAAGCCAUUGGCAAUGCCCCAGAUAUUGUACAUAUGAGCUUUGUGUUACAAAUCUCAGAAGUCCAGUGAAUUACUACCAUAACAAACCUGCAUGUACAGAUUUAUGUUGAGCCUUAAUAACCGAGUUGAGUACGAUUAUAUUUUGCAAUACUAUCCAAAUGUUUGUGAUGGUGAUAAAGAGUUGAAUCUGAACAAGUUUACCUUCCAGAGAGUCAAAUUUUUGCCUGACUCGAAGCAAAUUUUCAUAAUGGAUGAGUUACGUCUUUUAAGUCGAUAUAUGCUCAAGUGAUCCACCUGAUCACAUUGUAGGGAAUGUUUAUUUCACCAGUUGUAUGAAACAAGGAUCACAAACAUAUCAAGUUUUGGAUUGUAAUUUUAUCAUAACAUAACCCAUUAAUAAAAUAUAUAUCAGUAUGUAAUUA